CAUGUUUUUGAGGCCUGUGCGGAGAUGUCGCUGACGCACACCUACAACAUGGACCCACCUGGACCUGGCCCCGGGUCUAAACCCAGACCUAAACCUGCUCCCAGCUCUCUGUCUCUGAAAAGUGACCACUCCAAUGACCAUCCUCCUGAGUUUAGAGAGGCUCUUCCUGAAGGCCAGAGGGAGCCAGGCCCAAAGGAGCAGCUGGACGCCAUAUUCAGACGUCUGGAGGAGCAGGUCCUGAGGUUUGUCCAACAGCAGCUCCAGAGGCUCCACAGGCUCCUGGCCUCAGAUUACCCAGAAUGUUCCGAGAGUGAGGAGGAGGAGAGCAGAGAGGUUCUGAACAUCACCCUGGACUUCCUGAAGAGGAUGGACCAGGAGCGUCUGGCCCAGUGUCUGUUCAACAGGAGUAAAGUUGGAUUCAGUGAUAAAAUAAAGUCUGAUUUGAAGCAGAGGUUCAGCCGUGUGUUUGAGGGUGUGGCUAAAGCAGGAGACUCCGCCUCCCUCACCCAGAUUUACACAGAGCUCUACAUCACAGAGAGCGGAGCUUCAGAGGUCAACCAGGAACAUGAGGUCAGACACACGGAGAGCCCGUCCAAGACACCGGCCGCUCUAGAGACCACAUCACAUGUGAAGACAUCUUUAAGCCCCGCCCACACUCACCAGAGCCAAUCAGAGUGGUGCUGACAAAGGGUGUGGCCGGCGUGGGGA